AGCUCGCGCAUGCACAGAAUUGAAAUCGGCCGUGAUUGGCGCUGCAUAGUGGUAGCAUAGAUAUAUUGUGGUAGCACUACGCUGAUCGGAUCACGCCGCCGACGCAAUGCAUCAAACAACCAAUUUCAUCAGUUUUUCAAAAACGAUCGUCAUGGCUGAUAACGAAACAAACAGAGAUGAGUCGCCACGCCGUUCUUAUGCGGAGGCGGCGGGCGGGGUGGCGGCCCCCCCCGGCCCGUCACGGGAGCCGGCACGGCAAAACGAGGAUGUAAUGCGGGAGUUAGUCGCGCUGAGGGCUGCGGUGGCCCAGCUGCAACGGCAGCAGCAGCUGCAGCCGCCGCAGCCCGCCGCGAACGCGGCCCCGGCGGAGGAGGCGACCCAGGCGGCCCAGCCGGCGCAAGUGCAGGCAGCGGACCCCGGCGAGCCGGCGCGGCCGCGGAAGAAUCGUCGAAACCGCCGCCGCCGGGGGGGAAAUCGGGCGCCCGCCAUCUACCACUAUUACUACCGUUAGUAAUAUUGGUAGAUGGCGGGCCGGCGACGCUGCCCCCUAUUAAUAAAUAAAUAUAUUUAAAAAAA